CAAUCACCGUAGACCUCAGAAGUGCCGGGGUAAAAUGUAUGUACGACGGGGGGGAAAAAUGAGAUAAGCGCAAAAUAACUGUUAUAACUAUUAGUUGUGGAACAAGGGAAAGGAUCAUUUGCUAUCUAGGCUUCUUUGGUUGCCAUGGAAGCGGAGGGCUUUGGAGAACUCCUGCAGCAGGCAGAGCAGCUUGCAGCAGAGACUGAGGCCGUGUCUGAGCUUCCUCAUGUUGAGAGGAACCUUCAGGAGAUCCAGCAGGCUGGAGAGAGGCUACGCUCCCGCACCUUAACUCGAACAUCACAAGACACUGCUGACGUGAAAGCGUCCAUCCUCCUUGGGUCCAGAGGCCUGGACAUCUUCCACAUCUCCCAGCGUCUGGAGAGCCUGAGUGCUGCCACCACCUUUGAACCUCUAGAGCCAGUGAAGGACACUGACAUCCAGGGCUUUCUGAAGAAUGAGAGGGACAAUGCGCUGCUCUCUGCCAUCGAGGAGUCACGUCGCAGGACGUUCCUCUUGGCAGAGGAGUACCACCGCGAGUCCAUGCUGGUUCAGUGGGAGCAGGUGAAGCAGAGAGUACUGCACACCCUGUUGGGAGCAGGGGAAGAUGCUCUGGACUUCAGCCAAGACAUAGAGCCCAGCUUUGUGAGUGACGCAGGAGUUCCUGGACGGAGUGCUCUUGACAGCGUGGAGGUGGCCUAUGGACGACAGAUCUAUGUUUUUAAUGAGAAGAUAGUGAAUGGACAUGUCCAGCCCAACCUGGGAGACCUCUGUGCCUCAGUGGCAGACAGCCUGGAUGACAAGAAUGUGUCGGACAUGUGGUUAAUGGUGAAGCAGAUGACAGACGUGCUGCUGGUCCCAGCCAAAGACACGCUGAAGAGCCGCACGGCCUUGGACAUGCAGAUGGCUUUCGUCACGCAGGCCCUGCAGUUCCUGCAGAACAGCUAUAAGAACUACACCAUGGUGACGGUGUUUGGGAACCUGCACCAGGCCCAGCUAGGAGGAGUCCCUGGCACCUAUCAGCUGGUGCGCAGCUUCCUCAACAUCAAACUGCCAGGGCCUCUGCCAGGCAUGCAGGAUGGUGAGGUGGAGGGUCACCCAGUCUGGGCUCUGAUCUACUACUGCCUGCGCUGUGGGGACCUGGGGGCUUCCAUGCAGGUGGUGAACCGGGCUCAGCACCAGCUGGGAGACUUCAAGACCUGGUUCCAGGAGUACAUGAACAGCCCUGACAGACGCCUGGCCCCCGCCACAGAGAACAAGCUGCGUCUCCACUACCGCAGAGUGCUGAGGAACUGUGCUGACCCCUACAAGAGGGCCGUCUACUGCCUCAUCGGGAAGUGUGACAUCGCAGACAAUCAUGGAGAGGUGGCCGACAAGACCGAGGACUACUUGUGGCUUAAGCUCAACCAGGUGUGCUUCGAUGACGACGGCAGCAGUGCUCCUCAGGAUAGACUGACAUUGGCCCAGCUACAGAAACAGCUUCUAGAGGACUACGGAGAGUCCCACUUCUCGGCCAGCCAACAGCCGUUCCUGUACUUCCAGGUGCUGUUCCUCACGGCCCAGUUUGAGGCUGCUGUGGCCUUCCUGUUCCGGGUGGAGCGUCUACGCAGUCAUGCAGUUCACGUGGCUCUGGUUCUCUAUGAGCUACGGCUGCUGCUCAAGUCAUCAGGGCAGAGCGCACAACUGUUGAGUCAGGAAGCUGGGGACCCCCCUAUGGUGCGUCGGCUCAACUUCAUCCGUCUGCUCAUGCUCUACACGCGCAAGUUUGAGUCCACAGACCCCCGGGAGGCUCUACAGUACUUCUACUUCCUACGGAAUGAAAAAAACAACCAAGGAGAGAACAUGUUCAUGUGCUGUGUUAGCGAGCUGGUGAUUGAGAGUCGAGAGUUUGACAUGCUUCUAGGAAGACUGGAAAAAGAUGGCAGCAGAAAGCCUGGAGUGAUUGAUAAAUUUGCCGGAGACACUCGAGCCAUUAUCACAAAAGUGGCGCUGGAGGCUGAGAACAAGGGCCUGUUUGAGGAAGCAGUAAGACUGUAUGAGCUGGCCAAGAAUCCAGACAAGGUCUUAGAGCUGAUGAACAGGCUGCUGAGUCCUGUUAUCGCCCAAGUCAGCGCUGCCCAGUCCAACAAGGAGAGACUGAAGAACACUGCUGUUGCCAUCGCCGAGCGGUACCGGACCCAGGGUGUUGCUGGAGAGAAGUCUGCAGACAGCACCUUCUACCUGCUGCUGGACCUCAUGACCUUCUUUGAUGAGUACCAUGCUGGAAACAUAGACCGGGCCUACGAUGUGAUGGAGAGACUGAAGCUGGUCCCUCUGAGUCAAGACAGUGUGGAGGAAAGGGUUGCUGCAUUUCGCAAUUUCAGUGAUGAGGUCAGGCAUAAUCUGUCGGAGGUACUCCUGGCCACCAUGAAUAUCCUGUUCACGCAGUGCAAGCGCCUGAAGGGGGCCGCAGCAGGAACCCCUGGUCGACCACAGAGGUCCAUGGAGGACAGAGACUCGCAGCUGCGCAGCCAAGCCCGUGCACUGAUCACGUUUGCUGGGAUUAUCCCGUACCGCAUGGCAGGCGACACCAAUGCCCGGCUGGUGCAGAUGGAGGUCCUGAUGAACUGACCCCAAAAUACCUUCAAGCCCCAGCCAUACCCACCCUUUUCAUCAACUGUCAGAUUUUGUUUUGCUUCGUCCCCAUUUUAUGUUACUUUGUCCUUAUUUGUUGCUCCAUAUUUGUAUUUUUUUUCCAAAAAAUUUAAUAAAAUGUCAGUUAAAUUUAAUUUCUUACGCAUUCAUUUCAUUUGAUUAAUUUGCAUUUAGUAUUUCAGUUUGCUUGUUUAUUUUAUUAUUAUGCAUCAUGGUCAUCUAUACAAUUAUUAGUGGUUUGAGUCCUACCUGGAUUUAAAGAAAGCUGAAGGAAGUACUGUUAGAAUCAUUUGGAAUUAUUGAUUUUGAAACUGGCAGCUAAUACGAUUUUGUGGGUGCUAGAACGACAAUUCAGCACCCACUGUGUAAUCUGUAAAUUGGUCAAACUGCACACCCACACAUACAAAAUUGUAUCCCUGCUGGUGGUUAUAAGGAAUUGAUGAUAUAUGAUGAUGAUAUACCAAUCUUUGCUAUUAGUUAUACAUGAUUGAUUUGCUUAGAAAGGUAUGUUUCUUUGGAUAACAUCUCCCCUUUUUAUGACUACACUAUCAGCAGCUGAAGAAAUACUACUCUUGAGUAGGUGAGAGGAACUGUAUUGAAAGUACAUUGUGACGGGCCCUAUCAUGUAUGACACUGCUACACUUAUUGGCAGAUGGUUAGAAGGGAAGGAAAUGCCCUGAGAGAACACAGAUGGGAGUCUGCUUGGCUGCACUAGAUUGUCGAGAAGCCUUUCCUCUCAAACUGAUUCCAUUGUCACCACAGGGGACUUGUCUUCAUUAUGGAGAGAACCAAAUUGACUGUGCGGGCUCUUUUCAUGUAGUUUUUUAACUUCACUCACAGCCCUUAUCAUGAGUUCUGCAGACAAUGCCCUUGCUACGCACCACAUCUGCUCUGGUGAAGAUCAGUCUGGUGCUCUGUGGAAAAGACAUGGACCGUCUGCCAAGGUGGAUCCACUCUCAGGUGUGUGUGCUGCAGCUGGUGUUGUGAAUCAGGCCGAUGCCACACACCUGCUAUAACCCGGCUAUUUCACAACACCAGGGUGGCACUGCACCACUGCCAACGAGAUGCCAAUGGGCAAGCAGCAGAAGCAGCUUUGAGGAGCGGAAGAGUUCCUACGGUUCACCUGAUGAAAUGUCUGCAGUGAUUUUAAAUUCAAUGUCGUGUAAAAGCAUUUGAUUAAACCUUUUUUCCUGA